CUCCCAAUCUCCCCAUCCAUCUGUCCCGCGAACUGGUCACCGGACUCGGGUAAUGGCUACUCUGAUUUCUCCACCAUUUUCAGCUUCAUGUUCUAUCCUUAGCUUCCGUGAAACUUCCUUCUUUUCCACUCGCCUUCUUCCUCCAAGGAAUCUUCGACAGAGAUGCAAUUCUGAUAAUCAUGGAUGGUGCGCGGUUAAGUGUAGACUUCUCAGCGUCAAUGUGUCUCCUUCUUCAAAUCCUCCGACAGUGAUCAAGGAACCUCACAAGUAUUUUGAUCAGGCAAUCAUCACAGUUCGCUCGGGUGACGGAGGCCAUGGAGCUGUACUUACCAUGCCCAACCAGAGGAUUAAUAUUUCACAAGGAAGACAUGAAAAGGAAAAGACAAAGAAAAAAAACUCCUAUAGAAGAGACUUUGAUGGAUCUCUUAUCCUACCAGUGGGUGGCCAUGGAGGGGAUGUGGUGAUUUAUGCGGAUGAGGAAAAAGAUGCAUUGUUGGAAUUCCAUAGCAAAAGUCGCUAUAACGCAAAGCGUGGUGGCAAUGUUGAUGCAAUGGGAAUUUUGACCUCACAAUUGCAUGAUGGGAUUGCUGCUCCAACUCUGCGCAUUCCUGUGCCUGUAGGUACUGUUGUAAAACGCAAGAGAGGGAAAAUGCUGGCUGAUCUGGCACAACCAGGUGAUGAAGUUCUUGUUGCAAGAGGGGGACAAGGAGGGAUUAGCUUGUUAGAUCUGCCACAGCAUAAACGGAAAAAGAUGAUGGCAUUGACAACAAAUGUGUUGAGAGAUGACACUGAUAAGGUUUUAGUUCAUGGUCAGCCAGGUGAGGAAGUUAGCUUGGAGUUGAUCCUACGGGUUGUUGCUGACGUUGGUCUAGUUGGACUUCCAAAUGCUGGGAAAUCAACACUACUGGCAGCCAUUACACAGGCAAAGCCUGAUAUUGCUGAUUAUCCUUUUACAACAUUAAUGCCAAACCUUGGACGCCUAGGUGGUGACCCCAGUUUGGGAGCAGGGAUGUUUUCAUCUGAAGCUACAUUAGCAGAUUUGCCUGGUCUUAUAGAAGGUGCCCACUUAGGAAAGGGUCUUGGUCGAAAUUUCUUGAGGCACCUCAGGAGGACCCGGCUUCUGGUCCAUGUUAUUGAUGCAGCCACUGAGAACCCCAUCAAUGACUAUAGAACAGUCAGGGAAGAAUUGCGCAUGUAUAACCCUGAAUACCUUGACCGACCAUACAUUGUGAUUUUAAAUAAGAUUGACCUUCCAGAGGCAAAGGACAGGCUUCCAUCACUGACUGAAGAAAUACUGAGAAUUGGGAGCGUUGGUACCCCUUCUGAACUAAAACUAACCCCUGAAGCUCCAGAUCAGUCAUUAUCCAAUGAAGUUGUCACCAAGGAAAAGAAACUAGAGGAUUAUCCCCCACCCCUGUCCGUUGUGGGUGUUAGUGUUUUGAAGGGCAUCAUGGUAGACGACAUGUUAAAGGAGAUAAGGAAAGCUUUAAGGAAGUGUAUGGAUCCCCCUGAAGGAUCAUCGGCUUUGAAUUCGCCCUCAGAAGCUGGCAAGUGAUGCUUUGUUGAAACGACAUCCGCCUCAAAUCUAGAGGUGGCUGCCACCAGUUUUCCAUUGCUCCUGGUCUUCAUUUGGCUUUACCACAGAGCAAGAUGAAAAAAUUGCAAACUGAAUCAGGCGAGUAGACCUCUAAGACAAUGGAAGCAUUGUCUGUGGAUUGACUUAGAUCCUCAACCAUGGAUGGUUGUGAGCAAACAUGGCAGAGUAGUCAUCAGGAGCGCCAUGAAAAAGAAUUAGUGAUACCAUUUAUGAUAAAUGGUGUUGAGCAAUUACUGUGACGUCCAUGUUGUAUUGAUGAUUAGCUUGUAACUUCCGAGUGUUGUGAUUGUAACUAUGAAAGGCACGAUGCCGUGAUGGAAGUGUCCAUGGUUGUGUCCCUCUUAACGUAAUUCUGGACUUGAGGAUAAAUUGACAAACAAUCCCCAUGUAACGGGAUCUAUAUCCCUCUCACAGGCUGCUGUUAUUAAUUUGUCUUUUGCUUUAACGUCUAAACCGUUUGGCUUUUCAACU